AGACAAUGGAGGAAGGAAAAAGGAAGGGCUGUUGGUUUGCCUGGACAAACCUUGGAAGCUAAGAAAGAGAAAGACUAACAACGGCAAACACUUGGCACAAGAAACAAAGUAUGGAAGGCAAUCCAAGCAGCUACUACUUCAAGCACAAUGACUGUCCCUGGUAUUUCUCCCAUGCACAGACAAGGUCACACCCUUCUUUUCUCUCUCUCUCUCUCUCUCUCAUGUGCCUACUGCAUCAUCGAAGGCAAACUGGCCUAGGAAAUCUCAACACAAAAUGAAACAGUGCUGCUGAGGAAGGUGGAUCCAUUCAAACCAAAAGGAAGGAGAUUUGUAUGGUUAGCAGCAGCUCACCAUCUCUCUCCACUCCUCUUUGUUGUGAGUGAGAGAGCAAUAAGAGCAGGCCAUCUUUGGACUCUUUCGAUCGUUCCGAGCGCAUUUAUCUCCACUUCGUUGCGUACCCUUUUUUCUGCAUUGAAGUGAAGAGGACGCCGAGGGAGGUGGAGGAGAAACAAGAGCAGCAGCAUCUAUGGUAGUUGGCAUUGAAAGCUUUUGCUUCUGAUUCCUCCUCUUCAUCUGCCUCUUUCUUUCGUCGCACACCUCUCUCUCUCUCUCUAGACAAGUAAUGAUAGUUCGAUCCUGAUACCCGUGUAACUUUCCUCGUUCGAGUUUGCGGUCGAGUUCCGAUCUUGAUCGGUUUUAUAGAUGAUUUCCCAUUAGUUUCUGUGUGAAAGGUCGAAUCUUGAGUGGUUUCCUUGGGAAAUUUUUGGUUGCUGGAUUGACGCAGAAGCGAUAGGAGGAGAAAGAAAUGGACUUUCCUCGUGCCGCGCCUGGUUUCAUCGAUCCGUCGGAGUUAUUGCUCGCCAAUGGAGCACCGCCGAAUCCGAGGAAGAGAGGUCGAGGAGGCAUCGGGUUCCCGGAGACGCCGCCGCCGCCGCCACCGCAGCUGCAGCAGAACCACCCUGUCGACCUCCUCUCGCUGCAACCACAGCGUCCAUCGGCCCCGCUUUCGCCUCCGGCGCUUGUGAGCUUCGCCCAGCACCAGAGCCACCCUUCUCUCCGAGUUUCCACCGGCCUCCGACUCUCCUUCAAGGAUCGAUGCCAGCAGCAGAACCAGAAGCAAUCCAACCCUCUUCUAUCUUCUUCUUCCUCCUUCCUGUCCUCCCUUCUGUCCGAAGAACUCUCCACCCACAUCAAUCAACAGAAGGGCGAAAUCGAGCAGUUCCUUCACGCCGAGUCAGAGCAGCUGCGACGGGGGUUGGCGGAGAGGCGAUGGAGGCACUACCGGUAUCUAUUAAGCGCAGCGAACGAGUCAGCUGCCCGGCGGCUACGAGAGGAGGAAGCGGAAGCGGAGCGGGCGGCGCGGCGGAGCGCCGAGCUCGAGGGCCGCCUCGCCCGCCUCCGAAUCGAAUCGAUGGCAUGGAAAGCCAAGGCCACGGCCGACCAGGCAACGGCAACUUCCCUCCAGGUCCAGCUCCAAAAGGCUGUCGCCACCGCGGCCCAGGCGCGGGGCUGCGAGGCGUCGCCGGCCGAGGACGCCGAGUCGGCCUUCAUGGAGCCUCACCGAGUCGAGCAGGGGCGGGCUUGCCGCGCCUGCCGGGAGCGCCUGGCCUCGGUGGUGCUCCUCCCCUGCCGCCACCUGUGCCUGUGCGACGCCUGCGACGGCGGGGGAGGCCCGGUCGAGUCGUGCCCGGUUUGCCGAUGUGGCAAGGCCGGGAGCGUCCGAGUCUACCUCACUUAAGACUGCAAAUCUCAGCCGUUCAAAAGAUCUCCGUAAACACAAAAAAAUAAAAAUAAAUCACACAAAAAAGGGAUUAGAAAAAGACAGUCCGACGCUUAAACUCUUUUUCUAAUCAGCUUUUGCAAACAAGAUGAUGAGCAUUACUACUAAUUAAUUCGAUUUUAUUCGAAUUUUA